UGAGAGACUGUCAGCACAGUAGCAAGGUGGGCCAGCCAGCAAAGGGAGAGAACACCAGAAGAGGCCUUCAAAUCCUUUUUAGUGGAACAGGAACUAUACUCAAGAACAAACAAAUAAUCUGAUUCUAGAAAACACUUUGUAAUACACUGAGAACCAAACAUGAGAGGAGCUUCCUAUUCCCAGAAAUCCCAGUCCCUGCAGGUGAGCGGGACCCGCAGCAGUAUGCGGGUUCAGAGCCCCUCUCCCUCCAGAUGCCGUGGAUCCUCGUACAACAACCGCGGACGCUCCGGACACCAGGGCGGCAACGUGUCCUCAGCCGUGGAGUUGGGCACAGAGAUACACCAGGUCCAUGCCAACGAGAAGGAGGAGAUGCAGGAGCUGAACAUGAAGUUCGCCGGCUACAUCGAGAAAGUCCAGGCCCUUGAACAGAGGAACGCCCAGCUGACGGCCGAGCUGGCAGCGCUACAGGGCCGCUUCAAGGGAGGCCCCACCGGCAUCGGUGAAGAGUACAACCUCAAGUUCAAGGAGAUGAGGGAGCUGAUCGAAGCCUUGACCAAUGAGAAAGGAGCUGCUGAUAUCGAGAGGGGAUACAUUGAGGAGGAGGUGGAGGUGUGGAGGAUGAAACUGGAAGAAGAGCUGGCACUGAAAGAGGAGGCAGAGAUGAUCCUGAGGGAAUUCCGUGAAGAUGUCGACAACGCCACUCUGCAGAAGGCUGAGCUCGAGAGGCGCGUCGAACAGCUGGUGGCCGAGAUUGAGUUCCUCAAGAAGCUGCAUGACGAGGAAGUCGCCGACCUCAUGAAACAGAUCGAGGACUCCAAGGUGACCGCGGAACUCGACGGUGACCGCCCCGACCUCGCCGCCUACCUCCGUAACAUGCGCGCCGAGAUUGAGACUGUGGCGGCCAAGAACGUCCAGGAAGCCGAGAAGUGGUACAAGGGCAAGUUCGAAACCCUCAAAGAAGUCGCCGGCAAGAAAGAAAACCAGAUGAUGGCCAUGAAAGAAGAGAUCACCACCUUCCACAGCCAGGUGACAGACCUCCAGAACCAGAUUGACGGGCUGAGGGCGAGCAACGUGGCCCUGGAGCAGCAGUUGCAGGACAUGGAGAUGGCCCACAUGGAUAAGGUCGGAGGCCUGGAGGGCAUCAUUGCUCAGCUGGAGCACCAGCUCUGCGAGACCAAGAUGGAGAUGGGCAAGUACAUGGCUGACUACCAGGAGCUGCUGCACAUCAAGCUGAAGCUGGACGCUGAGAUCGCCGUCUACAGGAAGCUGCUGGAGGGAGAGGAGAGCAGGCUGGGGAUCUCGGCAGGGAAAGAACCAGAAGCUUAAGGUGUCUAAAUAUCAUUCCAGACAGAGGAGCACUUCAGAUCAAAAGGAGCCGUCACAGAGGAGAGGACCACCUCAGUGUCCCACAGUUUGGAGACCCACACAGCUGCCAGACGGUCCGCCUGUGCACCCCACGUUCUCCCCUACCACCACCCCUGUCACCACCCAGCUUCCCUCCUCUGUUCAACCUUCCCUCCCACCCCUUCCUUCUGCCCCUCCCCACUGUCAACCCCGCCCCAGCCCAAUCCCUACCACAUUCAAUCAUACCUUCCCAACCAGCCCACCCCCAUCAACCUCCUCCCAGUCCUGCCUGCCCCUGUCAACCCCCCACCACCUCCUCCCUACCAGCCCGCCCGUCAACUCCACCACCUCCUCCCAGUCCUGCCCGCCCCUGUCAACCACCCACCACCACCUCCCUACCAGCCCACCCGUCAACUCCACCACCUCCUCCCAGUCCUGCCCGCCAGUCAACCUCCCACAAACGUUGGAGUACCCUUGUCAUGUCCUGCUGUGCUACUGUAUGGUUAACUCUUCAAAACAUCACCUUUAUUUAAAAUGUAAUUUAAACCCCCUGACCCACCUAUUUUCAUUUUAUGUAACAUAACAUGAAGACGUUUACAUAAAUGUAUACGAAGUACUACUUAAUAAACAAAGCUUGUCUUGAGUGCAUUACA